AUCUAUUGUUAGUCUUAUUUGCAUUCCCAUUCGAUCCGGUGGUGGUUGUUAAAAUGGAACGUUGGUCAAAUCGUGUCGCAGUUGUUACUGGAGCUAGUAGUGGCAUUGGAGAAGCUAUAGCAGCUGAUCUUGUUAAGGCUGGACUCAAAGUAGUUGCUUUAGCUCGACGUGAAGAUAAAGUUCAAGAAAAUCGUUCAAAGCUUCCGAGAGAUUUACAAUCUAAAUUCUAUCCAAGGAAAUGUGAUGUCUCUAGUGAAGCCGAAGUUAAAGCAACUUUCGAUUGGAUCGAAAAAACUUUAGGUGGAGUUGAUAUUCUUGUCAAUAAUGCUGGAUGCAGUCGACGAGGAAUGCUUUUAGAUAUGGAUACAGCUGACAUGGACACAGUUCUCAAUACAAAUGUCAAAGGUUUAGUUUAUUGUAUUCAAGCUGCUUACAAAAGUAUGAAGCAGAGGAACUUUGCUGGACAUAUUGUACAUAUCAAUAGCAUUGCCGGACACAAGCCUAUUGACAUGGGAAAAGAUAUUAGUUUCAAUAUCUAUGCGGCUUCAAAGUAUUCAGUGACAGCGAUCAAUGAGACGAUAAGAAAUGAACUUCGUCAUCUAGGAACUAAGAUCAAAACAACUAGUAUUAGCCCUGGUUUGGUGAGGACAGAGAUUGCUCCAAAAAUCUUUUUUGACUCUUUUGAAGAAAAGGUUCUUAAUCCAGAAGAUAUAUCGCAAGCAGUUUUAUAUGCAAUUUCAACACCUCCUCAUGUACAAAUUCAUGAAAUUACUAUAAAACCCGUGGGUGAACAUUUUUAGACGUUUACAUCUGCAUGAUUUUGUUUACAAAAAUAAUAAUAAUAAAUAUUUGACAUUUAUGUGACUUUUGGAAA